AAUCCCUCCUUCCACUCCUCAACUUUUUCCAUUCCCACCACCUCAUUAUCAUCCAUUAACCACUUUGAUCACUUUCUCUCUCCUAAAAAAAACCAACUUCUCUCUGGUUUUUAUUGCCUGCCAUUGUCAAGUAAAUGCAAUAGCGGCUAAUCUGACAAAGCCUACUCUUCUCUUUUUCACUACUCUCUACUACAAAAGUGUCGAUAGACUCUACCCUAUUUACGUCCAUGAAUUAAACUCAAGUAGUUGGCCGGUACAAUUGAAUUACAACAAACAAUUAACUUCUUUAUUUUUCACAUUCUAUAUAAAUUAAAACAACCAUAAAACAUCUGAUUAUUGUUUAUCUCAUCGAGCAAAAUUCAAAUUCUCCAAAAUAAUAAUAAAAACAAAAUGUUGGAGGCUUUGAAGUACUUGAUCGGCGCCGCCGGGGCUAGCGGGUACGGGUCGAAAUCUACGGCGGAGGAUGUCACCGGAAACUGCCGUGAUCUUAGCCACAUCACUGCCAUCAUCACUGGUGCGACGUCCGGUAUAGGAGCAGAAACGGCUCGAGUGUUGGCUAAACGAGGGGCUCGGCUUAUAAUACCGGCUCGAAGCUACAAGACGGCUGAGGAUACCAAGGCUCGGAUAUUAGCCGAGUGUACCGAAGCUAAGGUGAUCGUCAUGUCACUCGAUCUCAGCUCUCAAUCCUCCGUCAGAAACUUCGUUCGCGAAUUCGAAUCCCUUAACUUCCCCCUCAAUCUUCUCAUAAAUAAUGCGGGGAAGUUUUCGCAUGGACAUGGAAUCUCAGAGGAUGGAAUAGAGAUGACUUUCGCAACUAAUUAUUUAGGUCAUUUUCUGUUAACGAAACUGUUGGUGAAAAAAAUGGUGGAAACGGCGGAAGAAACAGGAAUCCAAGGGAGAAUAGUAAACGUGUCAUCCAGUAUUCACAGCUGGUUCACCGGCGAUAUCAUUCCUUACCUCGACCUCAUCACUAAAAACAAAAGUGAAUAUGAUGCGACACGUGCUUAUGCUCUCUCUAAGCUUGCUAACGUACUUCAUACCAAAGAGCUUGCUCACAAACUUAAGCAAAUGAAGGCAAAUAUCACAGUGAAUUGUGUUCAUCCUGGAAUUGUGAGGACUAGACUAACUAGAGACCGUGAAGGCCUUAUCACAGAUUUGGUGUUUUUCUUGGCUUCUAAGCUCCUGAAAACUAUUCCUCAGGCAGCAGCAACCACGUGUUACGUUGCAACACACCCCAGACUUGAAAACGUAUCAGGGAAAUACUUUGCAGAUUGUAACGAAACCUCCCCGUCAAAGCUCGGAUCAAACUCGUACGAGGCCGAAAGACUAUGGAUUAUUUCGGAAAUUAUGGCACCGGAAAAUCCUAAAUCAGUUUUUCAUCUAUAAUUCUAUAAAUAUAUCAUUAUUAUUAUUAUUAUUACCGAUUAGUAAUUAGUUAAUUAAAUACUCGUGUAUAUUACACCGCGACAAAUAUAAUAUAUAUCACUAGGAAUUAGAGAAAGUUUGAGAUGUAUAAUACUAUACUUAUGUAAUAUAAUUAGUAGUUAGUAGUUAGAAGUGGAGUUGCAAGCAUAUAUCUUUGUUUAAUUAAGGGAGAUUAUAAUUAAAAAGAAAAUUAGUGUUAGUACCUUGUAAUUAUAAAUUAAACCAAUAAUCUUGCUUCUUCGAUCCAGCUUCAUAUACAAAAGCAAAUGUGGCACGUAAAAUUCUUAUUGUCAUUGUACUUUAAAAUAAAGUUCUUUUUGGAGAAAUAUACUAUCCAUAUAACGUACCAUCGUAUCA